UUAAUCUUACCGCUUACGUUUCUGGAUUAUGGUAUCUUAGCCCUUAAGCUGAAUCUUGGAACAACAGUUGUUGUUUUGUAUUUACGAAAGUACAGUUGUUAAAUUACUGCUCCACUUUUUUGGCGGGAUGUUAUGGAGUAUCGUGCAAAGCGCGAACGAGCAAAUCAGCAUUGAUAUUAACAAGUGAUUUCCGUUUGAAAUGGAUCUGAAGCCAGAGUGGAGGGCAUUGCUCAACGAAGACCUUAAAUCCUGUCCGGCUCCUUCUCUACCGCUCCCGGGGGCUCUGUCUAAUGACGACAAGAUCACUGGGCAGUUUUUUCUGCAAAUCGAAGACAUCAACAAUGUUCUGGCGUCUUCCCUGAAACAGUUCUCCGAAACUACCCGACGGAUGCUGAAAAUUCGACUGACGGAUGGAAAGCAGUCCAUUACAGUCGUUGAAAAUGAGAAAAUUCCUCAGCUGAGUGUUUCCUUGCCACCUGGGACUAAAGUGCUUAUUUCUGGAAGCGAUAUCAGAAUUUCCUGUGGGUUUUGUUUACUGAAGUCUCACCAUAUUAAGGUUUACGGAGGAACUGUCAACCAUAUGCUUAAAGCGUGGGAAAUACAUCGUGAUAUUGUUAUCCAUGGUAAGCGUCUGGGGCGAGUGGACGAUCGAGUUCCAUGGAUUCCAUUUGGACAGCCACUGAAAUUCAAUCUAGCUACGCUAAAUUUUCGUGCAAUGGAGAUUAUCGACCGGAAUGCCGAUAGGGACGAGGAUGAGAGCGAGGAGGAGAAUGAGAAGGAACGCGAAUUUGCACUUCACCGGCAACAAGUUCUGCAGGAAGCCAAAACCGGCACUGCUACCGGCCAGAGUGAUCUCACUGUUAUCGGGCCUGUGGAUCGAAGGAAACCACAGUUCUUACAGAUCACGGCCAACUUUAUGUCGGCCGAAGAAAAACCGGCCUUCAAGCCGGAUCGGCCGGUGCAAAGGGAUGCCAGGGAUUUGAUCGAUACCUCCGAUCCGGGCGUUGAGCCGACGUUUAGAAGCAGGGGACGAGGAAGAGGCCGAGGACGGGGCAGGCGCGGCAGAAGGCGUGGUGGAAUGGAUGAGUAUAGUGAAGGCGCUCGGCCCCGAACGGCCAACUUGAUGGAUUUUAUUACUCAUCAACUGGAUAAUUUGUGAAAUGUACCUGGAAGCAGUGUUGAAGGUUGGUGAGCAAACGGAUUGUCAUCUGGUAUCUUAUAAGGAACAUUUCCAUCUCUUGAGAGAUCCACGUCGACAUUGAUCCGCAGAAUUUUUCCGCUAUGCAUUCCACGAUCAAACCGACUACGUCGCGAACGACUGCCAUCUCCCACCUAAUUAUGCAGUUUGACAUUUUAGCCUUUACUGCGCAAACUUUUUCUGAUUUUAUAAAAAUUACCGCGUGUGGUUUACUAACAAAUGUACUGAUAAUUGAUACGAACAUUAAGCAGCAACGUUAACAUACCGCAAUGUGUAGAAGGUG